GAGCCUGAUCGGCUCGCUACCGGCACCGGCGGGCUACCAGCGAGGUCGUGACUUUUGGUGGCUUGAUUAAGUGGGUUUGCCAAGAUGUAUCGCCUGCCCCCCUGUUUGGCGAUAGAGUACGUCGCUACGUACCGAAGCCCCUGUUUUCCCGCGUUUUCAGGGGCUCCACCAGCCACGCGUCGGAUUUCGUGAUACCACCAAGUUGCCGCCUUGUUACCCGCAAGAUGUCCCUCCACGAAGUUGACGAUAUCAUUAUUGCUGGGCUUAUUGUUCUUACGUUGGUUGAGCAUGCGUUCGACGACCUGGCUGUCGAUACAGCCAUUAACCUCACCCGCGACGGCUGGCAAGAUACCAACAACCCACCGCCCCUGACGGCUCCUCUGCCCCUGGUGACAGUCAACGAUAAAGAUAUCGACGACCCGCCGCCCCAAUUGCCUACACAACUAUCCCAGCCGUCGUCUAUCACCGUCAACGUCAUCGUCGUCGUCAACGUUGUCAUCGUCAACAUCGUCGUCGUCAUCGUCAAGGGUGGCGCCCUCCCACUGUGA